ACUACACACUCACAGAAGCCCUAGCGCCCUUCCCUUUGCUUUUUCAUCUAUAUUUCUUUCUGUUAAUUUUACCCUUUUCUUUGCUUUCCAAAUGGCCAGCGUUGAGGUUCAACAAGCUGCUACAACAUUGCCCGAGAAUGAAACACCUGAGGUGACCAAGACUGUUGAGAAAACCCCAGAAGAGCCAGUGGCAGCACCACCAGCCUCGGAAAAAGUAACUGAAAAACCGGUGGAAGCAACUCCUGAGGCCCCAGUUGCCGAGGAAUCCACUGUUACAAAGCCUGAAGCUGCUCCAGUUGAGGUUAAAACCAAGGAAGUUGUAGAAGAAGCUAAGGUUGAGGCUGAGCCAGCAGUGGAAGAGAAAGCAGAAGAGACUCAAGAAGUGAAACCUGAGGAGCCUGUUGUUGAGGAGACUAAAGAAGAGACCGCUAAAGCCGUGGUGGAAGAAAAGCCUGCAGCUCCGGUGGAGGAAGAAAAGCCAGCUGAGAAGGAGGAGAAGCCAGUUGAAGCCCCAAAGGAAGCAGCAACCACAGAAGUUCCAGUUGAGAAGACUGAAGAGUGAAGAAUAGGUGGCAGUUUUAGCAAAGUUGGUGGGGGGCUUUAUGCAAAGUUGGGAAGUUUUAAUUAGCUUCAGAUUCAUCUUAGUCUUGUUUAUUAUGAUUAUUAUUAAUAUUUACUAUUAUUAAGGUAAGGGUUUGAAUGAGGUUUGGAGUAUUAUGGAAUUGGGACUAGAGAUAGUAUUAAGAAAUUAUUGGUCCACAUCAGCCAGUAGACAUGCCACGUGGCUAAUUAUAUGAUCAAGCUACAUGGGAUUGCUAUUGCAAAUGUGGGUUCCAAGAGGGUCAUUGUUUUGAUAUUUUGAAAUGGUGUGAUGAGCUGUGUGCAUGUGAAUCUCUAGGUUUGAAUAAUAAUAUUUUUAUUUUUAUUUUAUGA